GUUAUUAAUUAAUGGACAGUGUGCUUCCAUUGAAAAUUUUGUACAUUUUUGUUUUAACAAUAACAUACGGGAAAUUGUGAUGCUGGAGGCAAAGUCAGAACCUCUCAUUUGUUCAGGUAAUUUUUUGUUAACAAAUCGUUCUGUCCUAAAAACACACUCCGUCUUCCAAAGUGUAGGGGGGGGGGUCAGAUAAAAUCAUCCUUUCUAUCUAUCUUUUCUUUCUUUCUCAAACAUCUAAGGGUACCGUCUCGUGGGAAAACUCCGCCUCCUAUCCGAUUACACACUUUCAGCCAAUCGCUACCUUGUAAAAUACUGCUGACUACAAAGGAAAGUGUGCGCGACUCGUGAUCUCAGAUUUCAUUUCGUAACGAUGCCUUGCGAGCUAGUGAACGGGAAUCCUAUCUGUCCGCCAGGUACAUAUCAUAAUUGCAUAACUUACAUGUGUUCAAUACGAUGAUAUGAUUACGUUUUUAAUUGAAAUAAUUAUGAUUUCAGAAGUAACACCAUCACCCCAGAUGCCUGGGGAAACAGACGAAUAUACGAGUUCGCACCGUUCAACUUCGACGGGUACAACAAUCGUCAUUGAUCGGACACAACAUUUUAGUUCCACACCAAUGCCUACUACUCAGCUACAUACUCAAACAUCCAUUUUUUACAAUACACAGUCAUCAAUAUUUUCCCGAUUUCAUGAACAUACUUCCACUCCCGUUAUUACUUGGUCUACUAUACACGCAUCCACCCCCCCCCCCCCCCUCAGUACUCAGUCUAGGACACGUGUGCAUAUAUCCGUCCCCCUCAGAACUCAGUCUUGGGCACCCUUAACCACCACCCUCACUACUCAGGCUAGAACACAUACCACCACCCCCCUCACUACUCAGGCUAGAACACAUACCACCACCCCCCUCACUACUCAGACUAGAACACAUACCACCACCCCCCUCACUACUCAGGCUAGAACACGUACCACCACCCCCCUCACUACUCAGGCUAGAACACAUACCACCACCCCCCUCACUACUCAGGCUAGAACACAUACCACCACCCCCCUCACUACUCAGGCUAGAACACGUACCACCACCCCCCUCACUACUCAGGCUAGAACACGUGCCACCACCCCCCUUACUACUCAGGCUAAAACACGUAUCACCACCCCCCUCACUACUCGGCCUAGAACACGUACCACCACCCCCCUCGCUACUGAGGCUAGAACACGUACCACCACCCCCCUCGCUACUCAGGCUAGAACACGUACCACCACCCCCCUUACUACUCAGGCUAUAACACGUGUGAUCACCACACUCAUUAAUCAGACUAGGAUACAUACCACCAUGCCCCUCACUACUAAGGUCAGGACAUUCCUCACUACUCAGGUUAUGACACAUACCACCACCCCCCUCACUACUCAGGCUAGUGACCAGACUUCCACCUACAAGAACACUAUCACAUCGAAUAAUCAAAAUUUUGAGAUAAGUGUCACCAGUCUAGUGUUGGCCCUCCUCCUCCUCCUUGGCUGGGUCAUCAAGACCCUCUUCCGGAGGUGGGCCCGGAUCAGGAGGAGGAGGAGAGGGGACACUGUCCCUAAAGAGACAGCUAUGGAAAUGGAGAGAAGAAGACAACCACCCCCACCACCCCAGAUGGGUCCCUUUCCACGCCAGGCAGUAAGUACAGUACCAACACCCCGGGCGGGGGCCACACUACACCCACCCCGGGCGGCACCCUGCCCCGCUCCUCGAGUGGCCCCCACACCACCACCAGCCAGGGGUGGUGGGAGAUACCACCUCCGUCCUGCUAAGAGACCAAGAACUGAGUGAUUCAGAAGAUAGUGUAGUAGGAAUGGAAGUCUCCAUUGGCGCAAAUCUAGCCUUGACUCAUUGUGAGACUGUAAAUUUGAUUUCAGAAGAUACUGAAAUCACAAAAUAUCCCCGUUGGCGCAAAUCUAGCCUUGACUCAUUUGUGAGACUGUAAAUUUGAUUUCAGAAGAUACUGAAAUCACAAAAUAUUCCCGUUGGCGCAAAUCUAGCCUUGACUCAUUUGUGAGACUGUAAAUUUGAUUUCAGAAGAUACUGAAAUCACAAAAUAUCCCCAUUGGCGCAAAUCUAGCCUUGACUCAUUUGUGAGACUGUAAAUUUGA